AUGAUGUGGUCACCAAAUAGAACAAGAUUCAUUAAAAAAGAAGAACGAAAUGAAAUAUUAUCCACGUAUCCAACAUUUGUUCCAUUAAAUGACUAUCAAAUUUAUUUUAUUAAUGAAUCGACUGAUACAAAUUUAUUACACAAUUUAAUUGAAUUAACAAAGAAUACAAAACAAUUUACAAUUGACACAGAAUCAGAUGUUCUUACAUAUCGACCAUCUUUAAUUCAAAUUGAAUUUAUUAAUAAAACAUCUACAAUUAUUCUAAUUGAAGUUUGUUAUUUAUCAAAAAAUGAAAAAUCACUUAUAUCAUGGUUGUGUCGUACUAUAUUUACUUAUAUAUUUCAAAAAUCAAAUAUUAUCUAUUCAUGGGGAGAUCUCAAUGAUGAAUUAAAGAAAUUUCUUCCAUAUCGACUUUUUACAUCGAAUCAGUUAGAAAAACCAACUAAAAUUAAUGUACAAAAUGAAUUUCGCGAAUGGCAUAACGGUCUUGUUGGUUUUUAUGCAUAUGGAGGCGAAAACCUAUGGGCUUUACAAUGUGCUGUUGCUUCAACAUAUCAACAGUUCUUAAACAAAGAUCGAACAUUAAAUAUCUGGAGUUGUAGUCUUGAUCUAUCGAAAAAUAAUAACAAUUCUAAUAGUAAAAUCUUAUCUAUGGUUCAAUAUGCUGUUAAUGAUUGUUUGGCGGUAACAAAAUUAGCUUAUACCAUGAAUGAAGACAUUUCAGUCGAAUAA